AUGACUACAAACACAACAUCAUCAAAUGCAUUUGUAGUCUACUUGGCUAACAUCCAAAAACAAAUAACUCGUACUCUAGUCGUUCCACUUGUCGUAGGCUUCAUAGGAAAUUUUAUAUCUUGCGUUGUAUUUCGUCAAAAACAACUUCGUUCGAAUGCCAUGUCACUUCUGCUUACAGCUGCAUCAAUCUUUAAUAUAAUUGUACUUAUUUAUGGCAUUGGUACGAGUCUCUAUGGAGUUGAUCAUACCAGUCCAGAUACGUAUUCCAUUGUUUUCUGUAAAAUACGUAUCUAUAUUCGACAUAUUUUGUUGAUGACUGUUCGCAGUUAUAUUACACUCGCAAGUGCUGCCUCUUUUGCACUUACUUCUUCUCGUACAAAUUUACGUUCUUUAUGUGAUAUGCGAUAUGUUAAAUGGGCUAUAGUUGUAGUUCCUUUCAUUUGGACAUUAAUCGCAAUACAUAUGCCAUUCUUUACAAUUAUUCGUAACAAUCAAUGUGUUAAUGCUAAUAGUUAUAUAAUACCCUAUGCGAUAUACUUUUUUCUUGUAGUUGGUAUUUUUCCUGUAAUAUCAAUGGUUUUAUUCAUUCUACUGACAGUCAAAAAUUUACGUUCGUUACGUCGUCGUAUUCAACCAUCUGUUGUGAAUCGCGUGACAUUGAAAUCACGUGAUCAACAAUUUAUACGAAUGCUUUCGGCACUUGUUAUUAUGUACGUCACUACAAAUCUUUUCUAUCCCAGCAAUGUACUAUACUCAGCUAUAACGAAUUGGUCCUAUAAAAGUUCAGACCGUAUCGCUAUCGAAUCACUUGUUUAUAGUAUAACAAGUAAUUAUGUGCUAUAUAUUAACAAUGUGUCACCAUUCUUCCUGUUUUUCUCUUCAUCAACUACCUUCCGACAAUCAUUUUAUCGUAUUAUUAUCAAAUACAUGCAACAUAUUCUAGGCAAAAGUGGUCGCACACAGCAGAUGCCGAUGACUACUAUACCUACAGGACAAAACAAAUUCUAA